CAGCGUUCAACAAACGCUAAAAAGUGGAAUUCAAAUUUCAAGCAUCAAAGAAUGAGUAAUAGUUCGUUAUCAUCAUCUCCGGCUCGAUCCUCCAUAUCAACAAUGGCAGUCGCCGGAGCUAAUGUAUCUUCUGUUCCUACCGCCGACGAUUUCCAAUUCCCUGCCGACAUCAUUUCCAUUCAAGACCGCAAAGACCAAGCGCUUAAAGGUUUGAAGGUUGAUCUGAUGGCUGCGCUUGACAAACAAGUCAAGUCGUUGGAUGAUGACUGCUGGAUGUUUGAAGGUCCUCGUUCCCGUAUUCAUCUCAUCUCACGACCAGAUAUAUGUCUUUACAUCAGUCCGGUUGCAGGGCAAUCAUAAGGCGGCCAUUUUAACCCGAAGAACCGGGAAACUUCAUCAGUGGACCAUACCACCUUUCCCAAAAGAUAAUCGGAUCAACACUUGGCUGAUCAGUGAGCACUUCCCUUUGCUAAAAAUUUCAGAUGUUCUAAGGAGAUGGAGCUUCUUGAUUCCAGCUCAGGCUGUAGACGACGAUUGUGGUCUAGCUAAGGAAUGAUUACAAAAUACUCAUUCUAUAGUUGAUUCACUAAUAUUGAUGUAGUCUUUGUGAAUUGAUAAUAUUCUUAUUAAUGGGCUGUUUUGAUAUUCAUAUUUUUUCAAUCAUAAUUAGAACAAAAUCUACAUUUA